AUGACAACCCUACAAGAAUGUCUAGAUAAUAAAUAUCAAACUGAGGAAGAGAAGAAAAAAGUUAAGGAGAGCCAAAAUAUCUCGUUACUAGAUGGUGGAGAAUUAGAUUUAAGUGAGUAUGUUAAUCUAGAGAGAGUAACUAUUAGCAGACCUUUUUUAAGAACCAAAAUAACCAAAAUAACCUUGGGCAACAAGCCAAAACUAACUUAUCUUGAGUGCAGUGAUCCACUACCUUUAAUUUGCUCUGAUAAUGAAUUAAUCCUUGAUUUAAGUCAAUGCCCUAAUUUAACUUCACUUAAUUGCUAUGAUAAUCAAUUAACCACUCUCGAUUUAAGCCAAUGCUUUAAAUUAGCUGAACUUAAUUGCUCCGAUAAUCUACUAACCUCAAUUGACUUCUUAAAAACUUUACCUCAUCCAGAAAAAUUAAGAGAAUUACGCCUUUCUAACAAUAAUAUUGAGAAAACUACUUUAGAAUUUUUACGACCUUUUGUUAAUCUUUUUACUCCUGCCCUAACUCUAGGAAAUAACAAAUCAGAAAGGUACGAAAAAGGCAUUUACAACCGUUUCUAUGGUAGCCUAGAACCAUUAAGAAAUAUGACUAAAUUAAGAGGACUGAAUAUUGAGGGCACCGAUAUAGAAGAGGGUUUAGAGUAUUUACCGAUUACUAUAGGCGAACCUCUCAAAUGUUCUCCCAAACUUCCCAAUCAAAAAGUAGCCAAAAUUCAAAAUGAACUAAAACCUUUCAAAUUUAGUCUUAGGGCUUGA